CGCGCCCCGGGAGCCCGCGUGGCCCCUGUGCGGGUAGACGCCGUGGCAACGCUGCUUAAGUAACAAGUCUGAAACGCAACUGAAGUAGGAGAGCUACAGUAGACUCCGGGGUCCAUCUCAUCCCUGGACCCAGAAAGCGAGAGUGAAGAGCAAAUUGGCGAGAUUUGAACCUUGUGGCUUUCCGUAUGGUCGGGCACCUUCGGAUUCCCGCGCUUUUGAGUGUGCGUGUUAGAGAGCUCUGCGCAGGCGCGUGAAGCCGAGGCAGCGGCUAUGGCCGGGACCGUGGGCGACGGAUCCGGUACUGAGGAGGCCUGCCGGCACAUGGAAUCGAAAGAAGAAUUUGUUAAAGUCAGAAAGAAGGACCUGGAACGGCUGACGACGGAAGUGAUGCAAAUACGGGACUUCUUACCCAGAAUCCUAAAUGGGGAGUUACUGGAAAGUUUCCAGAAAUUGAAGAUUGUAGAAAAAAACCUGGAAAGAAAAGAACAAGAAUUAGAGCAACUGAGAUUGGACCGUGAACACUUCAAAGCCCGGCUAGAAACUGCACAGGCAGACAGUGGGAGGGAGAAGAAGGAGAAGUUGGCUCUUCGACAGCAACUGAAUGAGGCAAAACAGCAGCUCCUCCAGCAGGCAGAAUACUGCACACACAUGGGAGCUGUCACCUGCACCCUCCUCUGGGGGGUCUCCAGCAGCGAGGAGGUCGUCAAAGCCAUUCUAGGAGGAGACAAAGCAUUGAAGUUUUUCAACAUAACUGGCCAGACAAUGGAGAGUUUUGUGAAGUCAUUGGAUGGGAAUGUCAAGGAGGUUGAUUCUGAUGAAAAUCAAUUUGUCUUUGCACUGGCUGGGAUUGUAACGAAUGUUGCCGCCAUUGCGUGUGGUCGUGAAUUCUUGGUGAAUUCCAGCCGGGUGCUCCUGGACACCAUGUUGCAGCUGCUGGGGGACUUAAAGCCUGGCCAGUGCACCAAACUCAAAGUUCUAAUGCUGAUGUCCCUGUAUAAUGUGAGCAUCAAUUCAAAAGGCUUGAAGUACAUCACUGAGAGUCCUGGAUUUAUGCCUUUGCUGUGGUGGCUUUUGAGUGAUCCAGAUGCGGAAGUGUGUCUUCAUACCCUGCGGCUCAUCCAGUCUGUGGUUCUAGAACCAGACAUCUUCUCCAAGGUGGCCUCUGAGCUCCAGAGCUCCUUACCCCUGCAGCGCAUCCUGGCCAUGUCCAAGAGCCGCAACUCCCACCUGCAGUCUGCUGCCCAGGAGCUCCUGGAAGACCUCCGUGCCCUGGACUGUAGUAUUUAGGUGUGCUCUACCACCAGGAGCCUGGUGAAAAUGCCAGGGGCCCGUCCACUCCCAGGCUUUUAACUCUGUGUUCAAAACUAGAUGUCACUAUUUGUCAUGUGUUAGAGAUUGCAGGCCUUGAGGGGACCAGAGAUGGGCAUGAUGGGUAAGCAUCCUGCCUCUCCCUCCUGGGAAUGCACACUUGUUAGG